GCGCGAUAUUGCUGCAGUUAUAUUAUUAGUGGUAUUGUCACCACUCGAUCCGUACCGGAAACACGAUGUGUACUGCGCAUGUGCAGAAAUGCGUCUACUUCUUGUCUGAAGUAUGACGAAACGAUUUAUUCAUACGGCACCGUUGUUAUAAUUCUACUAAUAAUAUAAUGUUAUACUAUAUUCGCGCAUGCGCAAAACAAAACCUGACUUUCCGCACAUGCCCAGUACAAAUCAUGUUUCCGUGUUGACAAAGUAUUCCUGACCACCGUUUAUGAUUUUUUUUUUAUUUUAAUUGCUGUAUUUUCUUACAGCAGAAAAACAAGGUUGUUAGAGGUGAUAUGUAAGUUAUUUACAAAAAAAGUAGUCGAUGCGAUUUAAGCAAUGGAGCCGUAACAGUCAGGGAAGCCCCGCCCUUUUCUCCAGUUACACCCAAUGAGAAAGCAGCAUCGGCGUUUCCAUGACAACACGGCUCUACAGACAACACGAGCACAGUGUCCUGUCUGCUCCACCGUGCCAAAGCGUGUGAUCAUGUCCGACGUGGCGAAGGAGAAGGCCAUCCGGCUGCUGAAGAAGAGAGAGAGCAUGUCGUCUCUGGGCAGUCAGGACGUGAGAGCCAGGAGGGAAGAGCUCACUGUCAAGACCAAGGACUCUAUCAGUAGUGUGUCCUAUAUGGACGAGGCUGGUCACCAUGACGACAACCCUCGUCACGCAGUGCAAAUGGAGAACACAUACCAGCUAGGUCCCUCAAAGCGGUUCCCAGUGCAUGCAGUGAGGGAGAUCCUGAAGGACGUUCUGAGCAGCUACCUGCAGGAGGAGAAGUAUGAACCUGAGCUGUGCAGACAGAUGACCAAAACCAUAUCAGAGGUGGUGAAGGCACGAGUGAAGGACCUGAUGAUCCCCCGCUAUAAGAUCAUCGUGAUGAUCAGCAUCGGUCAGCUGGCGGAACAGAACAUGCGCAUGGCAAGCCGCUGCCUUUGGGAUGCCGCCACCGACACGUUUUCAUCAUACGCUUUCAAGAACAGCUCACUUUUCGCCGUCGCCAAUGUCUACGCUGUGUAUUUUGAAUGAUGCUGGUUGAGAGACACAGCUGAGAGUAGGAGAACCACAUCAGAGCAGAACUGGAGCUCUUCUGGAGUAAAUCCUACUGUUGGGUGUUGGGGAACGAAAGUCAGGAUUGAAAGCUUAUUGUGGAGAAAUGGAAACAUUGUUACUAGAUUCCAACUAUGUGAUGAGAUGGAUGGAGGGAUGGAUGGAUGGAUGAAUGACACCUCUUCUUUCAAGUUCUUUUUUCCUUUUCUGUAGAUGUGUCACUAUAUUUACAUUUUUACAUGAGUACACUGCAGCUAAUGAUGGAUGGAUGGUUGGAUGAAUAGACUGAUGGAUAGAUGCAUGGAAUAACUGAUGGAUGAAUGGGUGAGUAGAUGUCUGCAUGGACAUGUAGAUAUAUGGAUAUAUUUAUACAUGAAAGUAUGUAUCAAUGGGUGAAUAGAUCAAUAAAUGCAUAGAUUAGUGAUAGAUGGAUGGAUCAUUGGGUUAAGGGAUGAAUGGACAGAUGGACUGAUGUGUGUGUGUGUGUGUGUGUAAAUAGAUGGAUGGAAUGAAUCAUGUAAAGUUCUAAACCUAAUAAUAAUUCAAAAUAAUACUUUAAUACUAGCUUCAUGAUCCAUGAGAAAAUUCAGUCAGUCGUCACCAUAACCUUCCUCAUCAUCAUCAUCAGCACACAUUGCUUUAUUGGUCAGUAUCACAGCCUCAUUCAGGUCAUUACACU